AAGUGGGUUCGUUAUAUUUGGCAUCGGCAAUCAACUUGCGGAGCAGGAUCCAUUUCCAGAUAUCCUUAUUCGCAAGGCGACGGAAUCGACGACGCAAUAACCCGAAGGGCUUGCGCAGGCAGCCAUAGCUCCCUCUCCCCUGCUCGUCAUUGCCACCAAACACUAUUUCUAAGGGAUGCAGGGAAAAUCUUUGGCUUCUCCUUUGUUGACUUUUGAUUCGGCAACACGCUACUGCUUGUGUUCACAUGAUCAUGCAACAGCUGUGAAAAAUACUGCGACUCUGAAUGUGAACUCUUUUGGUCGUGCUCUACCGAUUGUGAUUAGGGGAACCUGGACUUCAACCUGUCCAUCCAAGAAAUGGCAGCUGCAUUCAACUGCACAAACGGAAGGCAUAACUUUGAGUAAUGAAAAUAGGAAAACAUGGGAUGAAUGCAGACAAGCUCUCUCAGCAUUUAAAUUUGGUUUUGAGGAAGAAGAUAAAAUUCUAGGGAAAGCAUUUGGCCAGAUCCAUUCACCUUACUGGGGUGAAGAACGAAGAAAAGAAAUCCCAGAAUUUGAAACUGUUGAUGUGAUCUUGGAUUAUCUUAGGAGUUUAGGCCUUUCAGAUGAUGAUCUCUGCAAGCUUCUCAAAAAGUUCCCAGAAGUUCUUGGAUGCAGUCUAGAAGAUGAGUUAAGGAACAAUGUGUUCGUCCUGGAAAAGGAAUGGGGGAUAAAAGGCAAGUCUCUUCGAAACUUACUUCUCCGCAAUCCAAAAGUGUUGGGUUAUAAUUUUGAUUGUAAGGGCGAUUGUAUGGCGAAAUGCACUCGCUGUUGGGUUCGAUUCUAGUUGUCCAGUAUGCAGCAUAUGUUUCUGUUUGUGUGCAUAGAUUUUUCCCUUUUCCCUUUCACUAGGGGAGCAGUGUAGCAUUCUGUUUGCGUUAUAAAGCUCUUAUACAAUGUAAAGGGUCCCAAAUUAGUUUUAGAGAAAGCUCUUCUAUAAUGUAUGGUGUAAAUUAUUUGAAGAGUGUAUACUUGUACCAAUUUAUUGUGAUAUGGUUUUCUUAUGUUAA